AUGGAAAGUUGCAAACCUACGAACAUCCCUAUUGCUCAUGGUGAGAAGCUCACCAGAAAUGAAGAUGUUGAAAAGAUUGAUGAAAGAAGCUACAAAAGCUUGGUGAGAUGUCUGCUUUACUUGACAGCAUCUAGACUUGACAUCAUGUUUGUUGCAAGUCUGUUGUCAAGGUUUAUGCAUUGUUGUAAUGUGAACCACCUCGAGGCAACAAAAAGAGUUCUACGGUACAUAAAAGGAACUUUAGAUCAUGGAGUGAAGUUUAUGAGGACUGAAAAGAUCAAGCUACUUCGGUAUUCAGACAGUGAUUGGGUUGGAUCUUCUGAAGACAUAAAAAGUACUUCAAACUAUUUCUUCACUUUAGGAUCAAGUGUUUUUUGUUGGAGCUUGAAGAAGCAAGAAACAGUAUCACAAAAAACUGCUGAAGCUGAGUAUGUCAAAGCUGCAACAGUUAUAAAUCAAGCCAUUUGGUUGAGAAAAUUGCUCAAUGAUUUAAAUUUGAAGAAAGAAGAAGCAACAAAGUUCAAGUGUGAUAACUAA